AUGGCUACUAGAGGUAGAGGCGGCAAGUUCAUGAAGCCCAAGCGAGGUGCCAAGGCACGCAAGGCUGCAGCCAUCGCAAAGAAGAAGGGACCCGUUCAGGUCGGAGACAUGCCCUCAGGAAGCGAGUCGGAAUCAUCAGACGACGACGACAUGCCCGCAAACCCCAACCACACCGCAAAGGCCGCCAAGAUGGCCGCAAAGCCCGUAGUUGCUGGAUCGGAGGAUGAGGCACCCAAGAAGAAGUCAAACAAGCCUACCGACAUGUCGCAACUGUCCAGAAGAGAGCGCGAGGCGCUGCAAGCACAACAAGCCAAGCAGAGAUACGAGAAGCUGCACGCCGAGGGCAAGACGGAACAAGCCAGAAACGAUCUGGAGAGACUGCAGCUGGUCAGACAACGCAGAGAGGAAGAGUCAGCACGCAAGGCAGCUGAAAAGGCCGAGAGAGAGGAGCACGAGAAGGAGAAGGCUGAGCAGCUGGCCCGUAUGGAGAGACAGAGAGCAGCAGCGGCAGCCAAGAAGGCCCGCGGCAACAAGAAGAAGUAG